CGGCAGGCCCCGCCCCCCAGCAGCGGCAGGCCCCGCCCCCAGCUCCCGGCGGGCCUUGCGGCAGCGGCCGGCGCGCUCGGUGCUCGGGUCCCGGCAUGGAGCGGGGCGGGCCCGCGCUGGAGCUGAAGCUGUGAGCGGCCCAGGAGAUGGGGCUGCCCCCCGGGAAGGUGCCCCCCGACGGGGCCUUCCGCCGGAUGUGCUCAGGCCAGUGUGCGGAGAUCUGGAGAUACGUCACCCGGCAUGUGCACCACCAGAGGAAUGUGAAGAAGAUCCGAGGGAACUUGCUGUGGUACCAGCAUCUGGAGGAGGCAGAGGGAAAGCCCAGUGGGUCAGAACCAGAGCAGGAGCGGCGCCAGCAGCUUGCCCAGGGCGUGGCCCGCCUGCGUGGGGAGCUGCAGCAGCUGGACCUGCAGAUGGAGACAGCCCAGCGCGAGGUCAUGGCUGACGAAGUCUCCCUGGAGGCGGCCCAGGAGCGGAUCCGUGACGCCCAGCGCCGCUCCCUGCUGCUCAAGGCCUAUGCGGCCCGCCUGGCCAAGGAACGCCAGCAGCUGCAGGGCAGCGUAGCACAGCUGAGGGGGCGGCUGGAGCAGCUGAAGGACAUCAGCAGAAAGGCCAAGGUGGAGCUGACGGUGGGAGGGAAGCUGCCUGACCUCGGAUUUGCUGGCUUGGAGCCUGAAGUACUGCAGGACAAGCGAGGAGCUGCUGGACGCGUCCUACCAGCACUGGCUGAGCACGGUGGAGGUUCCGCUACGAGAGCUCCCGUCUGGAAGACCUGGCGGGGCCGCCAGCAGCCCUGCCCUCAGUCCGGGGCCUCAUACAGCGCAAAGCACAGCUGCACAGGACGUGGGGCAGGGUCUCGUUGGAUUAGCCAUCACUUCCUGCAACGCUUGUCUCGGUUCCCGUGGCGGAUGGCUCCGUUGAGCGGGACGCAGUUGAGCCGGGCACGGGGGAUGAACCGCGAGUCGGCGAAGCGGGUGAAGCCGCCCCUGGCGAGGAAGUGGUUGCUGGCAUCCCACUUGCUGGUCAGUUCGAAGGCUUUUCCCUGGUCCGGCUUACGCUUCAGGGCUUCUAUGUACAGCGAGUGGAUGGCUGCCUUCAGGGUCCUCUCCAGCAGGCCCCUGGCGCUCGGGGUGACGAUGGUGUUGUCCUCAGACCUGAUCUGCGGCACCCGGGCCCGCUCUUUUCCUCCCCCCGACCCCAGUCCCCUACCGCAGGGCAGGCAAGCUCCCCACUCCCCCACCUCUUCCCCCAGCCUGCUGGGUGCCUGCCCCGUCUCCUCUCCCUCCCUGCCGCCCAUCAGCUGAGGGCCCUGGCAAGGGAGGGGGAACCACAGCGCGCUCCCUGCUCCGGGGAGGAGGCGGAGAAGAGUUGGGGAUGGGGUCUUGGGGAAGGGGGGUGGAAUCUGGGCAGGGGGCUGGGAGCACCCCCACGACCCUAGCCCCUGCCCCCAGCCCUCUGCUCUGACCGCUGCACCCCCCCAUGAACUCAGCCCUGACUCCAGCACCCUGCACACAUACCCAGCCCCCCUGUCCUGACUCCAGCACCCCACACACAGCCCCAGCCCCCCCCAUGCCUUGGCUCUUGCACCCCCCACAUUCCCACCCCCACCCCUCGCACCAAAUGGGAGCUGCCCAGCUACGCACUCGGCACCCAAACCUCCUGCCCUAACCCUGAGCUCUCUCCCUCAUUCUAGCUCCUGGCCAGACCCUACACCCCAACCCGCAGCCUCCUCCUUCACUCCCACCCUCAGCUCAGUGCAGAGAGAGGAAGCGAAUAGGCUAGAACCAGGGAGAAGGAAGGUACCCACUCUAUGUGGGCGGGACCCAGAUCCCAGACUGGAAGCGGGAUGAGUGGGGCCGACACCCGGGACCCUGGCUGGCAGGAGCCGGCGGACGGAACCCGAGACCGGCAGCGGGCUGAGAGGUGCCCCUGGGGAGAACCUGCUGCUUAAAAGAAUUAAAAGUCAGCUGCCUCGUGUGGCUGCGGGUCUGUUCCCGGGAGCUGGGGGGUCAGCGGGUCAAUCCCCGCCCCCGGCACCCGCUGCUUUCUCUGUCCGCAUGAGCUGCCUCGCUCCUCUCGCCGCUGCCGCCGGACGCGGCUGAUCUGCAUAACCCCGCCCCCCGACAGGGGACCCGCCCCGCGCUGGGUGCUGUGCUCCGCCGCAGCCCCCCUGCCCCUCUCGGCCCCGCCCAGCUCUCGGCCUCAGCCCCGGGGGGCGCCUCCGGCCGCCACUGGUCCAGCCACCGCCCUGGACUCAGCUCGGGGAGCCCGGCAGCGAGAGCCGGGCUGUGCAUGGAGGGGAGUUUCUGGGGGUGCGGGGUGUGCAGGGGCGACGGAAUUUCCGGUCCCUAAAAGGGGGGGGCACCAGCGCCGGAACGUGGCCACCCCCCUCCCGCGGCUCCCCUUCCUCCGAGCCCCACCCUUGCCGCUCCCCAUCCCUCAAGGCCCCGCCCCUUCUCCCAAGUUCCCCCCGGCGCUUCACUUUCUCCCCGAUCUCCUGCCCUCAUGCCGCCUCUUCCCCUGAAUCCCCGCCCCUGCACUGACCCUUCCCCCAAGGCUCUGCCCGGUGCCGCCCUUUUUCCCCAAUUCUCCAACCCCGCAUUGCCCUUUCCCCCAGACUCCGCCCCCACACCGCCCCUUUUCCCCAAAUCCUGCCUCACACCACCCCUUCCCCCCAUCCCCGCUCCCGCAUUGUCCUAUCCCUCCAGGGCCUGCCCCUGCCUCGCCUCUUCCUCCAAGGAUCCGCCCUCGCACCGCCCCUUCUACCGCGGCCCUGCCCCCGAACCGCCCCUUCUACCGAGCUCCCACUCUUGCACCGCCUCUUCUCCCAGUCCCGUCCCCGCCCCUUCCCCUGAGUCACCACUGCCACGCUGCCCAUUCCCCCCAAGUCCCUGCCCCCUCACUCACCCUUCCCUCUAAUCCCCACGCCUGCACCGCCCCUUCUCCCGAGUCCCCACUGCCACGCUGCCCCUUUCCCCCCCGAUUCCCCUGCCUUGCACCGCCCCUUCACCUGAGACCCCGCCCAUGAACCGCCCCUUCUCCCGAGGCCCCGCCCCUGCACUACCCAGCAGCCCAGGAGCAGGCGAGAGUGGGGAGGCAGGAGGUGUGACUAAGCGGGACUGUUCUUAUUUCCUCUGAAUAGUGUGGAGGUGCCUCAGUUUCCCCUAUGCAGUUCUUAAGUAUGUAUGAUCGUUGCAGCGCCCUAGAGGGCAGGUGUGUGCAGGGGUCUGGACACAGAGAAUGGCCGACACCCUGUUUCCUGGCAACUGAUGGCCUGGUCCUUCCACCCUGCAAGGUGAGAGCUAAAGGGCUGGAGAACAAAGGAAUCAGGCGCCCUCCUGGCCUGGGACAGGGGCAAAGCCCAGAGGAGGAGGGGCUGGAGGGAGUUUCAGUUUGGGGCUGGCUGGAGACAUGGAGUGAAGGGCAGACGUGGUUGUCUGGCUCACUGCCCCCCAAAAUGGACCCAGCUGAGGGGUCCUGUUCUCUGCCCCUACAAGCUCUGUGUGAGACGAUGUUCCUGUCGUCUAAUAAACCUUCUGUUUUACUGGCUGGCUGAGAGUCCCGUCUGAGCGUGGAGUUGGGAGGCAGGACCCUCUGGCUUCCCCAGGACCCCGCCUUGGCAGACUCGCUGUGGGAAGCGCACGGAGGGGCAGAGGAUGCUGAAUGCUCCGAGGUCAGACCCAGGAAGGUGGAAGUUGUGUGAGCUGUGUGUCCUGGAGACAGUCUGCUCACAGAAAGGAGACUUCCCCAGAGUCCCGACGGGCUUCGCAGGGAGCAGUUUCAGAGCAUCUCCCGGGGACUCCGUGACAACUGGUGGCAGCGGUGGGAUCUACUGCACCCUGUGGAUGGCGCUUCCUGCAGUAAGUGGUUGGGGAGCAGUAAAAUGAAGGGGGAUUGAUGAGAAUCAGGCGUGCUGAAGGCUCAGAGAGGAGCAGUUUUGGGGGGCGGUUAACCCCUGGGAGUGUGUGACCACCGAGAAAGACUGUGCAGUAAUGGGGUCCCCCUGGGGACUGCAGUGAGCAGUGUCAGGGGCGGAGGAGCCUGCGGCUUGGCCCUGGGAGAGAGAAGGACUUUUGCAGUAACAGGGUUCCCCUGGGGAUUUCAGCAAGCGGUCCCAGGGGCGGAGGAGUCUGCAGCUCGACUAUGGCACAGAGGUGGUGACCUCGAGAAGGGCUGGCACACUGGGGUUCUCCCUGGAAACCGUGGGGAGCUGAGAACGCACAGGCCUGUGAGUCCACAACAACUUGGGAAUAGUGGCGUGAUGGCCUGUGGACACUGUAACCCUGUGCAAAAAGAGGGUUGAGCAUUGGAAAGUUCACCAAAGCACAGUUCAUCAUGCAGCUGGAGGAGGAUGACCGCUCUAAGGAACAGAUUCCUGACCCCAAAUGGGGCUACAGCAGGAUCUGGGAGCAGCUGGAGUGGUAGCCAGGCAUCCCGAAGACUCCUGUCCCCGACCAGACGGGGGUCUUCACGAUCGGGUUCCCCAUCGGGGGAUUGGAGACGGAUGGGAUUGGAGCUGAGUCCGAGAGAGCAAGAGGACUGAGAGAGACGGCGAGAGCCCGAGAAAGAGCUGCAGCAGCAGCAUGAACUGGCGAUGGUGGAGCGGAGAGGCCUAGGGGACCUCCCAGGGGUGAGUGGGGAUAGACCUUGGGGGGGCCAGUUCCACAGGGAACCUCCAUACUAAAUUGCUGCCCCUCGUUAAGGAGGUGGGGAUGUGGAUGCCCACCUCACUGCCUUUGAGCAGGCUGGCAAUUUGAACAAGGGGGACCCUGCGGAAAAGCCCUGGUGUCUAGCUCCCUUUCUGGGUCCCAAGGCCGUAGACUCCGUCAGCCAGAUGGGUGGAGAGGUGGGCAGGCUCCCACCCCUGGUCCCAACCUAUAUGUCUGUGUGGAGUUUCUUGGGGUCAGGACCCUCGGACCCCCAGUGGGAGCGGAAGGUGAUGGUCGAUGGGGAGACAUUCCUGGGGUGGCGAGAUCCUGGGACAGAGAGAACUGUUGUCAGACCCCUGGUGGUGCAGCAUCAGAUGCUGAGGGGCUGUGUGAGCUGGGUGAGGGUCCCAGGGACGAAGCCCCUCGCCCUGCCUAUGGCCCAGGUCCCUGUGCAGACCCAGGAGGGGUGGGGCUGGCUGGUCGUUGGGGUUCUCCGGGACACCAGCUGCGAGACCCUGUUGUGGGGUGACUGUGUCUCUUUGGGACAGGAUCCAGGCCUGGCUCCUGUAACGGCCAAGUGUUUGAAUUUGAAUCCAGGGAACCCAUCGGCGGAGAGGGAAAUGGUCAGUGAAAAUGCAGAUGACCUGGCUGGCAGCGGGGAGGAGGUGCUAGGUUCAGGAUACCUGCAUGCCUGUAACCAGACCCCUGGGGCUGGGUGGGACAGAGAGAUGCUCCCUGCCCUCUUGCACACCGGAGAGGGGGCUCACGCUGGCUCUGAUGCAGUGAGGAAAGCAGCGAGCUCGCUGCCUACCCCCACUGGGACAGCAAGGGCAGCGCUGAGCACAGUGGGAGCUGAGACCCCAGCUGAGUGGGGGGGAGACAGGCAGGGCAGGGGAUCUGUGGGGAGUGGCAAGGUGCUUGGUAAGGAAAGUUUGGAUGAGCCUAGGCAGCCUUGUGUGCUGAUGGCUGUGUCUAGUCAGCAGUGUGGGAAGGCGAGGAGAGUGUCCCUGGACCUUACCUGUUACCUGGGUCAAGAAGUGUGACAGUGAAGGAAACGUGCCUGUGUCUGUCAGGGGUAUUGACUUGCCUAUGGUGGGAGCUACCCUGAUCUCCAAGCAGUUGUCUGUGGACAGCCUUGUGUGCUGGGACAAGGGGAAUGAGACCCCAAGCUGUGUGUCUGGUAAAGAGAAAGUGUGUCCGGCUCUUCUUUGUCUGUGGAGCAGACAGAAGGGGCCUUUCAGCCUGUGAUAGUUGAGGGCAGUGCAGUUGUCUCAGAGUUGGUUCUGGAUUCAACUGAAGCCCAGGAAGGGAAUGGUCCUAAGUUUGUGUCUGCUCGGGAGAAUGGCCCUGUAACUAGGUCGCAUUCAGUUAGUGUCUAUGCAAAAUCCCAGAGACCAGACAAUUCUGGAGCUUGUAUUUUGCCCAUUGCUAGUGUGUGGCUGGGAAAGGGUGUAGCAACUCUGUCUAAUCAGAGUGAGACUCUAACCAGGGCACAAAGAGAGCAGAAAGGUGAUUUGAUUGUGUUACCUACUAAGGGUGUGGAAACCUGUAGCAAGAAAGAAAAGAUUCCUGAGCUUGUGUGUGGCAAAGGGAAGGAGAAGGCUUCUAACCUUUUAUCUAGGAAAUCUGUCAGUUUGUCUGAAAGGGGAUUGUGUAGGAAUCCGCCUGAUGGGCCAGAGGUAAUUCUGGAUGUCAGUGAGACCCAGAAAGAGUCUGCUGUUGCUCAGGAAAGUGUUCCUCUAGAGCAAGCCCUAGGUAAAGAGGGUAAGAGCAGAAUUUCUGUGAAGGGUGAAUUGUUGCAUUGAAAAGCCCCUAGGGAAAGGAAUCCUCAUGGAGUCUUUGCAAGCAGUUGACUACAACUGAAGGGUGUGAAAGUGAUUUAAUCAAGAAACUUUCAGUUCCUAACAGCCAGAAAUUUUCUGUUGUGAAUGAAGCCACUGACUUUCCUGUUGAAAGAUCCAGUGUGGAUAGCUUUGAGAAGGUCUCGGAUAGAGUGAAAGCUAUUAAGAAAGUUACAGUCCUCUAACCAAGUGGCUGUGUUUGGCCAGCUUGUUGGGGAGACAAGGUUGUUGAGAAAGGGAUGUCUCCAUGCUAGUUCUGUAAGUGAACAGUAUGUGGCCCAGGUCAAGAUGGGGACUCUUAACCAAGACAGCCCGAAUUGCAGCCCUCCAGACUAGAGCGCUGGGAGAAGACCCGAUCCCAGUUUGAUCCCCGGGGGUUUUGGGGUAGCAAAAGGCACGGGCCGCAUAAACCUUCCCACAUGUGGCAUGCGAGUGCUAUCGACCACCCCCGACCUAAGCCAGGGCAAGAAACUGGAAGGGCCUGGUGUAACUCCCACCAAGGAACAGGAGAUGCUGGGGCAUCCAUGCCUGGGCGGACUCGCUGUGGGAAGCGCACGGAGGGGUAGAGGAUGCUGAAUGCUCCGAGGUCAGACCCAGGAAGGUGGAAGUUGUGUGAGCUGUGUGUCCUGCAGACAGGCUGCUCACAGAAAGGAGACUUCCCCAGAGUCCUGACUGGCUUCGUGGGGAGCAGUUCCAGAGCAUCGCCUAGGGACUCCGUGACAGGAGGGCAGAAACUUCCUGAAGAAAAAGACUCCGGUCCCAGCCCCCUGUUCUGCCCCACACUUCCCGGGUGCCCUCGGGCACAUCACUCAGUCUCUCUGGGCCUCAGUUCUCCCAUCCGGGAAAUGGGGCUGGUGGCGCUUCCCGCCGUCGCAGGAGCCUGGGAGGAGAACUACCCUGCGGGUUGGGAAGAGGCUCGGACCCUGGGGUAAUGGGCGAGGGGCGCAGGGGGAGCGUCUUAGCACCAUCGUUUGGUAUCUGGAGUCUGUCUGGAAACAAAAUAUUUCCCGAAAGUCAUUCUAAAAACCUGUAUCCAGCCACAGCCUUGGGAAAUAUUUAACAAAGCUGCAUGUUUUUCCCUCGUGUAGCCUGCCCCCGACCCGGCACCAGCCCCCAGUUCUGCCCCCUUCCUGCCACCGCAGCCCCAUCUCACCUCCUGACCCUCUCUGGGUGCCCUGGGCCCCUCUUAGCAGGGGGCUGUCCAGGAGGGUGCAGGGGGAGGGGGGUCUCUCCUUGCAGCCAUGGGCAGGGCGUGGGGUCUGGUGGAUGUCCAGCCCCUCUGGACACACCUGCCAGAGACCCCCAAAAAACCCACUAGUUUCCUCCACAUGUGGGGAUGGGCUCCUACUUUCUGACUUGGGCUGGGGCGUGAUGGGGGGUGCUUCCGUGAUGUCAGAGCCCCAGGCGAGAGGGGCUCAAAUCAUGACUCUGAAGUGGCAGGGCAGCCUCCCUCCCGCCCCUGCUCACAUUUGGCUAGGGGGCUGGGCUGGGAUCUCUAGGGAGGGAGACACAGGAAAAAACAGCUGCCACUAUGGAACCCAGGGGUCCUGGCUCCCAGUCCCCUGCUCUAACCUCUAGACCCCACUGCGUGCCCAGAGCCAGGGAGAGAACCCAGGUGUCCUGGCGCUCAGCCCCCACCCUGCUGUGACCACUAGACCCCACUCCCCUCCCUGGGUGUUGCAGGGGUAACCGUGUCUGUGUCCCAGCUCUGCUCAGGGCCUGGACUGAUUUUCCCAAAGUGUUUCCUUCUGAAUCUAUCACAUCUGCCCCCCCCCCCCCGCCUGGUACUGCCCACCCGCGUGUGGGGGCACCAGCACGGUGACUGUUCGUGAUGGGAAAUCAUCCAAGCUGGCCCCAGGGAGACGUCUGUGCUCCGACACACCCAGGGCAUAUGCUAGCCCACCCCCAAAAGAGAGGGACAAUCACUGCCCCCCACACUGGAAUAUUCACAAUCUUGCUCAGAGACAUAACCGCACACAGUUCACUCCCACUGCUCCCAACACAAGGACCUCCCACCCCAUGCAGCAUGUGCCGAGGCCUGUGGAACUCACUGCCACUGGACAGCUACCCAUGGGAAUGGACCAUUCCAGGAGACCAAUAGACAUAGCUGUGGCAACAGAUGAGGAUGAUCUCCCAGUGUCUGACCCAGGCUGAGACUGGGCUAGAGGGGCCCAUGGCUCAGAUCUAGAGGGGUCUAUCCAGCAGCGGGCAGUGUGACCCACACACAAACCCCCCGGAAGCACCUUUCUUAGCGGAUCUCCCAGGCCAUCCCGCACAUUGCAACGCGGCCCCACCCCCUUGCUCCCACACACUGGCGGGUUGGGUAACUGCUGAGGGAUAUGCAAGAGGGAGUCAGAGCCAGGGAGAGAACCCAGGAGUCCUGGCUUGCCCCUCUCUGCCCCUCCCACUCUAAUCACUAGACCCCCACUCCCUUUUUAGAUGUUAGGCUCGCUGCCUCUUCUAUCCCUCUCCAUCUGCCCAUCCCUUUGCUGCAGGUUUUUGGGGUGUCACCCCUGUUCUGUACUCCUCCAGUGCAGCCCAAGGCCUUCCCUCCCCCCAACCACAUAUCCUCUCCCCCCUGGUACUGGAUCAUCUGCCUGGUCCCCCCGCUCCCUCUCGGGGUGCGCUGGGCGGCGUGGCUGGGGAUUCUGCAAUGAGUCAGCACCAGACAACGUGGAACGCAAACCACAAGCCCUGCCCCGCCUGAUCUGCCCUCCAGGUACAUCGGAGCCCAGCGCCCUGCUCCUCCACCCUGCUGAGCCACAGGGGGCGAGCUGAAGCCCCCCACCACACUCUGCAGACAAAGACUGGGGGGAGGGAUAGCUCAGUGGUUUGAGCAUUCGCCUGCUAAUCCCAAGGUUGUGAGUUCAAUCCUUGAGGGGGCCAUUUGGGAUCUGGGGCAAAAAUUGGGGAUUGGUCCUGCUUUGAGCAGGGGGUUGGACUAGAUGACCUCCUGAGGUCCCUUCCAACCCAGAUAUUCUAUGAUUCUAUGAAGGGUCAGGCCAGCCAGCCCUUGUAGGAUGAGGGACUCUCCACUGGAGUUGACAGUAUGGGGGCUGUGAUGCGUGGAGAAGCAGUUGUCACUGCAGCUGGCAGAGGGCAGCAGAGCAUGCACGCACACAAUUGCAAACAUACACAAACACAAGCAUGAAUCCAGCCACACACACACACACAUUACUAACAUACACCAACACCCGCACAGCCACACACACAACCCCCCACCCCAUACCUACACAAACACCAUUCCACACACAAAACCCCUGCAGAACCCAAUUCAUACACAAACAUGCACAAAUCCAUACACUCACUCACACACACCCCUUUCCCCUCCUAUACACACAAUUUCAGUCACUGUGACACUUCAAUUGGAUGGGGGUGUCUAUUCUCUGCCCCCCCAGGGCAAAUAGGGGGUGGAUUGGGGGCCAAGGGGGCACAAUCCAAUGCCAGUCAAGAGGGUGUUGGGGGAGGGGGCCGUGGUUUCUGCACCACAUGGUUCCUGGCACAGGCUUUUUUGAGGAUUUGCAUUUCUUGGUAGUUUUUACCCCAUUACCACUUCCUGCCCAGCCCCCUCCUGCUGUGUGAGAUGGUUAACGGGGAGAUGGGAAGAACCCAGGAGUCCUGGCUCCCAGCCCCAGCUGUGCUAACGUACCAGACCCCACUCUAACCCCAGAGCUGGGAAUGGAACCCAGGAGUCCUGACACCCAGCCUCCCUUCCUCCCUCUAACAACUAGACCCCACUCCUGCCCAUUUUGGGAGCCAGGACGCCUGGGUUCUAUCUGGGCUCUGGGAGGGGAGUGAAGGCUACUGGUUAGAGCAGGAGGAGCCAGGACGCCUGGGUUCUAUUCUCAGUGCUGCUGUGUGACACCAGGCCUCUCUUUUCCUCCCAUUUUUUGGGUAUGGAGACUGUAAACUCUUUGGGGCAGGGCCUGUCUCUCACCUCGCCCAACAGGGCCCUGAUCUCAGCUGCGGCAGGGACUGUCCUUGUGUCUGUGCAGCCCCCAGCACAACGGGGGCCUUGCUUCUGCCCCGGUCUCUUUAGGUGCUGCUGUGUACGGAUCAACAGACCUGAAUACUAAAAGCCAUGGCACCGCCAUUGCCCUGCAAGGGCUAACUGGGAUUCUUACCCCUGUGACCCUCUGUGCAUCCCCCCCCGACAAGUUCCCCGAGUCUCUGCCCUGAGCCCCUCGUGCCGCUGCCCUCAUCAAUGGCAGUGAAGAAAGCCGCCCAGCCCUAGCAACAAAUGAAGACAGGGAGCGGGGGAAAAAAAAAAAAAAAAAAAGCUUUGCAAAAAAUUGGUCACACCAGUAGGAAACCAGCAGCGGUGGUUUGCGACUACACCCGCCCCCCUGCGCUUAUCCGUCCCCCUCGGGGAGCAGCGCUGGACGGAACAAUCCAAGUAGGUUCUGGACAUGUUCCUCCACCUGCCGGCGUCUGGGCUCCAGCCGGCGCUGGGCUGUGUUCAGUUCCUCUCUCUGGUGCCCCCC